CCAGAACCAGCUAUCACGGUCUAAAGUUUGUACAUACAUGUUUUCACAUGGGUGAGGUAGGAAACGCGCAGUCUAUCGUUACUCUAUGUCUAUGGUUGCGCCGCUCUUCCCCCUCCUUUCGGUAGGGAAAUUCGAUUAGUUCGGGACGCAUGGCGCGCGUCAGCUUCUCGCCGUGCCAACAGCGGCCAAGUUCACGUCGUUUGACCGGUCGCUCGCACAUGGCGGCCAUGUUUUAGGACGCGUUUACUAACCGCGCGGUGCAUCUCGCAGAAUCGAGUUAAUUAUUCUUCAACAUUCGGCUCGAAUAGCUGCACUUGCAAAGCGGACGUCGCGAUACCCGCAGGAAUCAUCGCGCGCCGGUCGGCCAAAUCCCGCCGUGCAUAAUUGAUUAUCGCGCGCAACUGUCGUGCACAGUCGAUACGCGAUUUUUCGCCGCGAUGGACGUGCGCCCAGUGCACCCACAGCCAACUUCAGAGGCGUGUCAUGUUUGCGCUCGGCGCGUUGCUUCGUGAUCGGGAUUUUCGCGUUUCAUCGUCGGGAAUCUAUGAAAAAUGCUGUCUCUAGGUCCGAAAAAGGACGGCGGGCCCAACGCCAAGUUCUUCGAGGCGCCGGAGAUUCUCACGCAACUCGAUGGCGUCAAGCAGUGGCUUCUCAAGAACUGCAAGAAGUAUGUACAAACGGAUCCGCCCACUAACAAGAGCUUAGCCACGUUGCUGGUGCAGCUUCUGCAGUUUCAGGAGGACAAUCUCGGGAAAAAUGUAACAAAGCCAUCUAUGACUAGACUUCCAAUGAAAUGCUUCCUGGAUUUCAAGCCUGGAGGUGGCGUGUGCCACAUACUAGCUACUGCUUAUCGUUUCAAACAGGAGCAAGGAUGGCGGCGCUUCGAUUUUCCUGGUGGAAAAUCGGGAUCCCGUAUGGAUCGUACGGUGGAUAUGCUGAUGGCGGCGGAACGUGCUUUAAUACAGAACAGAUGUAUAACUGUACCAAGUAUUUUCGUGAGACCGGAUGUUGACAAGAACACAGCUGCGAAAGUAAAAGAUGUGAUUAGAAAGCAUCAGGGGACUGUCGUUGAAAACGAGGCGGAUGCUACGCACAUCAUCUACCCUCCAGUAGAUCCGAUGGAAGAGGAAUACGCGCGGCCGUGUAUGAGACGCGAGCGGUCGGUUCUGAUUCAUUGGUACUACUUUCCAGACAGUUACGAUUCUUGGUUGACACUGGACCUUCCAUGGGACUAUCCCGAGGGAAAUUAUGCGAACACAAAUUCAAGAUCGAUGUAUAAAGUAUCGGCUACAUGGGCGUUAGACUUAGAACAAUACAACGAGUGGAUGAACGAAGAAGAUUACGAGGUCGACGAUAACGGUCAGAAAAGAAUACACAAAUACAGGCUCUCGGUGGAAGAUUUGAUGGCGCAGCCAUCCCAUCCGCCACCCGCGAAGAAACCCAAGAGGAAACGAUCGCCCAGCCCACCUCCGAAGCUCGGCAAGCGUAAGAGUAGCAGAGCACCGUCGGGUAUCCAGAGCGCUUCUUCCGCGUCGUCGGCAACGGCUCCGAAGAAAUCACGCGGCGGCGAGGAGGAGGAAGAUCUGACUCAGGGAAUGGAGGACCCGCCCGCUGAACCCCGUAUUGUCGAGGUGGUCGCUACGCCCACGAAUCCACCGGUCGCAGGUCAGGGUAAUGCGACAACGGGCAACUCCACAUUGACGACUACCGGUAGCAAGAAACAAGACAGCGAGCUUCAGCCUCUGAAAUCUGGCAAUUUGACCGAUCUGGAUGAACAGAUGGAAGGAGACAAAGGAAGCUCUCAAGGUGGGCAGGAUAGAGAAGAAAGAGAUACUAGUAAAGAAAGGGGUGAGGGUGGCAAGGGCGACGAACCGGAGGACAAUGUGACGGAGCAAACACAUCAUAUCGUUGUUCCCAGCUACUCCGCCUGGUUUGAUUACAAUUCGAUUCACACCAUAGAGAAGCGGGCUUUAUCGGAAUUCUUCAACGGUAAAAAUAAAUCCAAGACGCCAGAGAUCUAUCUUGCGUAUCGAAACUUUAUGAUCGACACCUAUCGAUUAAAUCCAACGGAAUAUAUUACAUCAACCGCCUGCAGGCGGAAUUUAGCCGGGGAUGUAUGUGCGAUUAUGCGCGUACACGCAUUUUUGGAACAAUGGGGACUCAUCAACUAUCAAGUAGACGCAGAGUCCAGACCGACGCCAAUGGGACCUCCACCGACAUCGCACUUCCAUGUUCUAUCGGACACGCCAUCCGGUUUGGCACCAGUUAAUCCGAAUCCGCCGAAGACACCGCAGCCCUCCGCCGCAAAGAUGUUGCUCGACUUGGAGAAGAAGCCGGUGACGGUGCCGGGUGUCCUGGGCCCGGAGGAAAAGGCCUCGGCGGGCGCGAUGGCAAACUUCGGUCUGAAAAUCGACCAGUACUCGAAAAAACCGGCGGUCCUGAAGAACAAACAAGCGGCAGGUGCCACGCGCGACUGGACGGAACAAGAGACGCUUCUGCU